GGCACUGGUUACGAUUUAUCCAACAGUGUUUUCUCUCCAGAUGGAAGAAACUUCCAGGUCGAAUACGCCAUGAAGGCAGUGGAAAACGGCGGAACAUCUAUCGGAAUCAAAUGCAAAGACGGAAUAGUGUUGGCAGUAGAAAAGAUCAUAAACUCGAAGUUGUUGGUCCCUGGCAAGAAUAAAAGAAUCCAGACCAUUGACAGACACAUUGGUGUAGUGUACUCGGGGCUUUUACCCGACGGCCGUCAUUUUGUGAAUAGAGGCAGAGACGAAGCUCAGUCGUUCAAGUCCAUAUAUAAGACUCCAGUUUCGGUGCCUCACCUCAUGGACAGAUUGGGCAUCUACGUGCAAAACUACACUUGCUACAACUCCGUUAGACCGUUUGGUGUUGUUUCUAUUGUAGGAGGAGUAGAUGAAAACGGACCCCAUUUGUACAUGAUUGAGCCCAGUGGCUCAUGCUGGGGCUACUCUGGCGCUGCAACUGGUAAAGGUAGACAGACAGCCAAGUCUGAGUUGGAAAAGUUGAACUACGAUGAGUUGACUGCGAGGGAAGCCGUCAAGUCUGCUGCCAAGAUUAUCCAUCUCGCUCACGAAGACAACAAGGACAAGGACUACGAGUUGGAAAUCUCCUGGAUUUCUAUUGAAGAAACUAAGGGAAGGCAUGAAUUCGUUCCUGAUGACUUGUUCGAAGAAGCUAAGAAGUAUGCUGAAGAGGACGAUGAAGAGGACGAGGACGAGGAGAUGGAAUCGUAG